UAUUGAAAUGAUGGUUUUCAACGCAGAAUGAGAUUCAAACAGCAAACGGAGCUUUCGCUCACAACCACUGAACAAGUUAUCUUUAAAUUACGAUUAUUACCUCAUCUGUUUAAUUUACGAUUGCUAGCGGAGUAGCGAACAGUCAGAAUGUCGGGGGGUUUUCUGGACGCGACCCAGUCUGGUACGAUUGGAUCUGGACUGGGUUCCUCGUCCACAGGAGCUCAGGGUUCGGCGCCUGUUUCGUCAAAUGUCUGUCCUAGCUGUGGCUCGACAGAGAUUGACGUCGACAGGUGUCGUGGAAAUGCAGUGUGCACAGGGUGUGGACAGGUGCUGGAACACAACAUGAUUGUGAAUGACGUCGAGUUCAUCGAGAGUGGCAGUGGAGAUGCAAAGAGGGCAGUGGGACAGUUCGUAGGUGUGAACCAGCGAGGUAUGAAGUCUUCAUUCGCUGGUUUCCACCCGGGUAUCCAGCAGGACUGCAUGGAGAACUCGAUUGAGAAGGGGAGGAAGUUGAUCUACCAGUUCGCAUCCUCUCUCUCCAUCCACGGACACUGUGCCGACUUGGCCCAUGGCUUCUACAAGAUGCUUCUCGAGAGGAGGUUCAUGCGAGGAGGAAGGAGGAACGCUCUAGUUGCUGCUGGUUGUCUGUAUCUGGCCUGCCGCAAUGAGCAGAUCCCCCUUCUUCUUCUGGACUUCAGUGACCAGCUGGAAGAGACGGUGGUUGACCUGAGUCAGAUGUACAUCAGGAUAGCAAGGGAGUUGUGCAUCAAUCCACCCUCUGCUGAUCCAUGCAUUUACAUCGAACGAUUCUGCGAAAAAUUGGAUUUCGGUCAGGAGACGAAGGAUGUGUCUAUGACCUCGAUGCGGAUUCUCUCUCGCAUGAAGAGGGACUGGAUAGCCGCUGGCAGGAGACCUUUUGGUCUGUGCGGGGCCAGUAUUUACAUGGGUGCUAAACUACAUGGCUUUGACCGGAGUCUGGCGGAGAUUGUGAAAGUGGUGGGCGCUCAAGCGGGCACAAUGACCAAGAGGUUGAAGGAGUUCGCCAAGACAGCCUCCAGCAAACUGACAAUCGAAGAGUUCUACUUGGUCGACCUUGAAGAGGAGCAUGAUCCGCCUUCAUUCCACGAAAUGCGCGCUAAACGCGGAAUUAAUUUCCCAGAGUUCAACGAGGAAGAGUUUCAGCGUCUGGACACAGAGAUAGAACGUAAUAUUGAACUUUGCAAAUCACAGAAGCACAGUCUUACCAAAUUAGAUUCUGUGCUCGGAAGGCAUUCAGGUAGGUUGUACAGAAAAGAAGAUGGAACAAGUGAAGGUUUAUCGAAUGGGGAGAAGUCAGGCAAAGAAGUGGAUCUGUCUGACUUGAUGGGCUUGCCAAAGGACACAUUGAGUGCAGUGGAUGGAGGCAUCGAGGGAGUGACCGAUCUGAUCAAGAAUGCCAUGCAUCCAGAGGCAGGGGAGGAGGAGCAGGAGGACGAAGGCACUGGAUAUCUGCCGGUGACCUGUGCCAGUCUCGGAAUUGACCCCCUCAAUGCUCAGAAUGGUGAAGACGUACUUGAUCGACAUUAUGUAUCCUCCAAUCGUAAUGGGGAAGAAGGAGGCGACAAAACAAAAGCUGAGGAGUUGUUCAUUGACGACUUGGAUGAUAUGGAAUUGGACUCGUAUAUUUUGAGCCAGGAAGAAUCAGAGAGAAAAGCCAUUCUAUGGGCUGCUGCCUAUGGCCCUUUCAUGGAACAAAGGGCAGCAAAGAAGAAGCUGAAGGAAGAGUUGAAAGAACAGAAUGCUGCGGGAAAUAAGAAACGGGCACCCAAACCGCGAAGUCAGGCAAGCUAUGCUCGCCCAAGCAAGAAGUUGAAGACAGAUCGGCCUGCAGCUACAGCGAACGAGGCGAUUGACAAUAUCAUUAAGCAAAAGAACAUAUCGGAGAAAAUCAACGUCUCUGUUCUUCAGAAUUUGAGGAUCGAAAAGUUGAAUUCAAAUGCCAGCGAGACUUCAUUGACAAAUGGAAGUUCGGGUGCAUUCGGAGAGCCGAGACAAGAGUCAUCGACGUCGUCCUUGUCGCAAAUGACGUCGGGUAAAAUUGCUUCACGACUGGCUAGUGCCUUCCGUAAAAACGGAGCUCGGCCUGGCUCAAAUGUAAACAAAUGUAGUAAACUUAAUUCGCCAGGUAUGUCUUCCGCCUCAAAUGCUCUGGCUAGUUCAGUGGUUUUGAAGAAGUCGCCAAGUAAGGAACCGCCUGUUCUGAAAGAGUUCGACAUGUUCGCCAAAAAGUAGAACAAUAAAUUUUGUUCUUGUAGUAAAUAUUGUGCUGUUGAAAUCAAAUCCAUUUCAGUGCAAUUUGAAAUGAAACUUAAGUUCUAUAAAAAUUUAGCCUAUGUGAGGUUUCUCAUAUUUAAUAUUUCGAAAUUUAAAUUGUACUUUAGUCAAGUUAAAGUUGUUUACUUACUUGUGGUUGUUUACUAUUUCUAUAAUCAUUUAUAUAUUGAUUUAUACACCGAAGUAGACCAA